UGUCAAAUGCAUUCAGUAGAUUAACUGGAUUGCAUAUGAUGAUGGCUAUAGCUUUACUUCAAAUGAAUUUAAUUUCAGUCUAUACAAAAUUUGUAUUGUCGAGUCAAAAUAUUAUUAUCGCUUUUUUUUUUGUUUAUAUUUUAUGGUUUAUUCUUGUUACUCAUGUGAGUUUGUCCUGCAGGUAUGUUACUGAUUUAUGCUUUUGGGUGAGCAUUAAUGAUAAAUUGACAUCUGGAUGAUACUUCCUGAUUGAUUAUUUACAUAUUGUAAUUCAGAAUGUGGAGCUUUGCAUCAAAUUGCAUUGCUGGAACUGUGGGAGUGAAAAGUGAUUCUUCAAAGCCUACUCAUUCUACGUCAGAAUGUUCUGAUGACGAGACUUCUAUUAUAGGCAGAGAGGAAGGACUGGAAUGCCCAAUAUGCUGGGAAUCUUUCAAUAUUGUUGAAAACGUGCCCUAUGUUUUAUGGUGUGGCCAUACUCUUUGUAAAAAUUGCAUCCUUGGAUUGCAAUGGGCUGUUGUGAAAUUUCCAACACUGCCUGUUCAACUUCCUCUUUUUAUCUCCUGUCCAUGGUGCAACCUUCUAUCUUUCCGUUUAGUUUACCGUGGAAAUCUUAAAUUCCCUCGCAAAAACUACUUUCUUCUCUGGAUGGUUGAGAGCAUGAAUGGUGAUAGACUGAAAUCACAUUCACCUUUAUGUGGUGAUAACCAACAACACUCACUUAAAGACAAUUUAACCAUGGGAAGCCAGGUAAGCCAUGGAAACCAUCGGAGGGGGCAAGUCCGCCAUCCAGAGGUAUCAAAUUAUAAUCAAUAUCAUGGCAAUACUGGUAAUCUCCUCAAUAUGGAAAGACUCUAUGUUUAUUUUCGGAAGUCACUGUUGUUCUUUGUCCAGGUGACGGCAAAGUUCCCAUUGGUCAUUAUAUUUCUUUUGAUUGUCUUAUAUGCAAUACCGGCCAGUGCUGCCAUUUUGGCUCUGGAAAUCAUCGCUUAAGAUUGUGAACUAGUACAGGCGCCAACUUUGCAAGCAUUAAGUCAACAACAUAUAUCUUCUACUUUGUAAUUAGCCGACAUCCCUUUUACAAGCUCUCAUUUAUCUUCCCAUUCAGGGUCACUCUCAAUCUCUGUAUACUUGAGUCUUGAUUUUAGCUUUAGUUGAAGUUGGCUAGUUGGUGGAACCAGGGCUGUGUGGUUGGGUAAUGAUAAAUGCUUGUGCCUUUUUCCUGGUGGCAAGUAUUUGUCUGAUUAUGUCAAGUUUUAUUUUGUAUGGAUGGACACAUGGAUGUUACUUCCAAUACAGCUUAUACUAUUAUGUUUCUUAAGUUGUACAUAGUAAUCUUGCUAUUUGUCUGCUAUGUAUGGAAAUACAAUCUGCAUAAUUUGAAAUUAUUGACCUUCCUCUCUA